GCAAGAUUCCUAAAUAUCUAGUAGACUUCCAGCUGAAGAUAUUAAACCUAUCCUCUAAUGAUUUUGAUGGUGUGGUACCAAUCAAAGGCAUCUUCAAGAAUGCAAUUGCAACUUUGCUUAUGGGAAAUAGUAAGUUAUAUGGGGAUACCCUUGAAUUGAAAUUUCCUAAAUGCAACUCCAAAAAGUCGAAGAAAGAAGUCAAGAAGUCAAGAAGAGAGAUAUUUUUUAGUCAAUUAGAGAAUUCUCUUUUGAAAGUUUCUUAUCAGAGUCUCCUUAAAGCUACCAAAGGGUUUUCUUUAGACAAUUUAAUGGGUGUAGGAAAUUUUAGUUCUGUGUAUAAAGGAGUUCCUGAUCAGGAUGAAACUUUUGUUGCGGUGAAGGUACUGAACCUUUCGCGCCAAGGGGCAUUCAAGAGUUUGCUUGUUGAGUGUAAGGCCUUAAGGAACAUUAGGAAUCGGAAUCUUGUUAAGGUAAUCACUGCUUGUUCAGGUGUUGAUUACCAAGGGAAUGAUUUUAAGACACUGGUUUAUGAGUUCAUGGCCAAUGGGAACCUAGAAGAGUGGUUGUGGCCAAUUUAA